AUGAAUGGGAACACUCAAGGCAAACAAGAUGUUAAACGAAUUCAAUUACAAAUGAUACUCACACGGCCCUGUGAGUAUAGACGGUCAGGCUUUGUAAACAGUGAGUUGGUUUUCUAUUCUGAGAAACGUGGGUUCGACAAGCCUGCUACCUGGUAUUAUAAAGAAAGGCACACUCCAGUACCGAUCACUCGCCUACUGCCAAGGUUCCUAGAACAAUGGAGAAGCGAGUUUCAAGAACGCAUUACGUGUGCCAAGCAGAACAGUUCCAUUCAUCAACUUCGGCAAGUUUCAGUAGCUCAAGUGUAUCGAGCUGACCUGGCUAGAAAGCUAGCGGAAAUGCACAGUCAUGCGGAUGACGAAGAUUGCUCAGAGGUUGAAUGGAAGCGAGUCAAAGAAGCCAUGCUCUCAUCUUUUAAAACUGUUUUGUUCAAGCAAUCCGACUCGACCAUGAAUCGUCGAGAUCAGUAG